AAAUACGAGCUCUAGAAGAAGUAGAAGAGCUUAGAACUAGAAGAGCAAAUAAAUAGUCAACACUGCUUUUGGAUGCAUUCAAUAAAGAUCGGACAUCUUUGCCCCAACCAUUGCCAAACCCUCCAUCUUUGGCACCACUGCCUUUGCCUGCACCUGAUCCUCGGACCCAGGAAAUGAUAAAUGAGAAGCUGAAGAAAGCUGAGGAUCUUGGUGAGAAGGGGAUGGUAGACAAGGCACAAAAAACAUUAGAGGGGGCUGAAGCACUCAAGAAAAUUUCAAUUUCUGAAUUUAGUAGUGUUAUUUCAGUAGAUUGAUUUUAUUAACUUGCACCAUUUCCUUCUCCUUGGCAUGCCUUGUUUGUGGAUAAUUGUUUUUCCAUAUAUGUUCAGCUCUAUACCAGACAAGAGCCUGUUUUGGAUUCCUCUAAUAAGUAUAUUGCUGCAGAUGUUCGCAUUACUUAUCAAAAGCUACAUGUUUCUGGUAUUUGUGGAGCACUUUUGAGUGUUUAUGACAGGCUUCUGGGCCCAGUUUUACGAGGAUAACUUUUGCAGCUACAUAAUUGACCAACGUUUAGCAGAUCAUUUUGGAGGCAAACUUCAUUUAGGCUAUAUGCAAAUCUGUGAUAAAUUAGCAGAACUUCAGGUAAGAUGAUUUACAUGCUUGGUAUAUGCUGACUGGCUAUGGUGGCUCUGCUUUAAGUGUUACAUUAUAGUGCCUGGCAUCCAAGAUAUUGGUUGUAUAAAUUGCCUGAACUAUCCACUUACUAUGUCUAUUAUUAUUAUUUUUUUAAAUAAUCAAAACUUUGUUUGAAUGCAGUUACCCAAUGGAUUCUAGUAAGACAGCAAAUUAAUACAUCUUUUCCAGAUCCCCUUAAGUUUGUAUUGUGAAUAUGUUGGACAGGUGCUGGUAUAAUGUUUCUUAUUCUUCUAUAUAGAUUCUCAGUUAGUAUCAUCUGUGAGUUUUUCUGACCUCAGAGAAGAAUAAUAUCUCCCAUUUUUC